GUUAUGCUUACGUCAAUACCAUGCCGCAUUGGCUGCCAUGAGCACAGCCUAGACCAUUGACGGCAGUUCCUUAAAUCGAUGCAACCUGAACACGGGCCGAGGCAGCCUUUCAACUGCCAGAAUUGCAUAGCUGACGAGUCUCUCGUGUGACGCCCUGGAUUUAUCUCCUAUCAUAUCCUCAAUAUCGUCUCGAUCGUGCAUCAUGGACAGCAUGGGGGAAUCGAGGGGUCCCCAAGCUACGGCGACGUAGCGACGUCAUGUUCUAACACCAGGCGUAGAUCAUUUUGACCCUUGUCGCCCCCCAGAUAUAUCUUCCCCACAAUCGCCCCUCGCAAACUGAGAUUUCAAUCCCUAUUGCAAUCAGAGCUAAUAUCGAUCAUACCAAUCAAUUGGAAUAUUAUUUGCAAUUAUUUGCAAUUAUUUUCGGGUUCACGCAUCUGUCAGCUCUCUUGAUUUCAACUGUCUAUCAUCGAGAUUGCGCCACGCAGAUAUUUCGGAAUCUAGAACACUCGAUAAUCGAGCCAACGCGAAUCAUCAUGCACGCAAAACUUGCUCUUACCAUCGCCUUGCUCAGCCACGGUCUAGCAUCGGGACAGACAUCGAACCCCGGAGGACCUGUCCAAUCAAUAUCCUCCGCAACAGACCAGACUACAACUGGAGUGCUGUCCAUCCAAACGGACACCGUGACCAGCGGUACUACCGUCUCUGUGACUUCCGGGUCUGAGACGGGAUCCACAACUACGGAGAGCUCUAGUUCAUCUGCAACCUCUUCUGCUCCGUCAUCUUCUGCCUCUGAUGCUGGGGCCGCAUCGCCACGAGAGACAGGAUACGCGCUCGCUGCCGCAGCAGCUGGCUUGAUCGGGGUUUUCGCAGCACUGUAACCAGUUACGAGCUAGUAGAAAAUUCCUACCGGAUAUUAGUGUGUAAUACAGAUGUAGAAUCAAAUUAUCAUCGUAUCA